GAAACAAUUAUUUUGAUCAUCAUUCAUUCCAUUCAUUCCCCAUUUCGCCAAAAUCUCUCUCUCUCUCUCAACCCUCCUUCCUUCUCGAGCCAGCAUGAAAAACCCUCGCUAUCGGCAUUCUCAGCCGCCGCAACAACCACCACAAGGUUCCGAUGUCUUGGCUGCUUCGCCUCCACCGUCUCUUCUUCUUAAAGGAAUAAAGAGUUUGAAAGAAACGGUGAUGGGCGUUGCUUUGUCUCUCUGGUGUAUUCUGGAUGGUUGGGCUAACCUUAUCCUUCUCUAUUUCGACUUCCAAAUCUGGUGCAAGGAAUAUGGCAAAACAUACCCUUCGCUAAAAGAGAAACUCUACAGAUUCAGUGUCUUCAAGGAAAGAUUUGAACGGAAUGCCUCAAUGCCCAACGGUUUCGGUGAUCGAACAGCAGAUGAAUUGGAGCACCUUUUACCUCUUGGCAGUUAUGACGAUUAUGCCAGCGAAGAAGAAUUCUUUAAAAGCUUGCACAAGAGAGUUGGCAAUACAUAUAGAGUAUAUGAAGAGAAUAAUAAGGUUUUCGUUGAUUGCUCCGGCCCCAACACCUUCCGUGGUUCUGACAUUGAAGAAGAAAAAUUAUUUGAAAGGUUGCGCAGGAAUCCUGGCUCUACAUACCGGGUGUUUAAAGAGGAUGAUGACAUCUUUUGUGUUCACUGCUUUUGAAUCUAGGGACUUUGUUUUAUCCAUUAUGUUACUUUUUACUGCUACUUGUUUUGAGGAACAACUUAAGGGGUAUUUCAAUUUUAAUCUCUCUUUUCUUCAA